AUGGGUUUCAUCUCCUCCGUGGCCCGCUGCGUCCGCGACAACAAACUGUCCCGCAAGCUAUCCACCAACUCCAGACCCCAGCGUCUCGAGGACGAUUACAACGACCUCAUCAAGAUCUCCUCCAACGACAUCUCCCUUGCGCGAGCGGAGAGUAUUGCCUCGGUCUCGACGAUUGUGCAUCGAUCGGCUCACGAACCGGUCCUGCCCACCGAGUCACCGACACAGCGGAAACAGCUCAGCCCGGCCGAGUUGAAUCUGAAUAGUCAGAUGCAAACAUUGUUCGACAACAAGCAAACACUGGAUCACGCUAACUAUCGGGCUGCACGCGCGCUGUCGAGACCUGAGUAUCCUAUCUUUAAACUUGAGACCGUUCAGUCGCCGCACGAUACUCCGACGAGGAAACUACAAGAUCCGAUUGAGACGGGAGAGAUGAUGUUCGGUGAUAAUAAGGCUGCUGCUCGGGAGGGGAAGCUGUUGAAACGCCAACGGGAGGAAAAGGAUGAGAAGACAGCGGAGGAAGGGAAGAAGGGUUCGAAGUUACGGAGAUCCAUGACAGGCUUCUUCCGGAAGACCUACAGCUUCCGACUGCCACGAUCGCCAGUCUCCAUGAAGAAUAUGCGUACGUCAGCCUCACCUUGCUGGAUUGAUGUCGAUGCGUCCAGCUUGGCAGAUGAGGAGUGUUUAGUAUCGGAGAAGGAUGAGGAAAAGUGGUUGGAGGCGCAUGGACUGGGCGGAGGACGAGAUAUUGGUAUCUGGACUGCAGGUGGAGAGGGGAUGGGACGGAACUACUGA